CUUGUUCCCGGCGUGCUCGGCGGCUUACCUGCUCUGCGCGGUGCAUCCUGGGAGCUGUAGUGCCUGCGUUCUGAGAGAAGGCGGAACUGCAGCCGAGCAGGGCCUCCUGCUCGUCCGAGGUUUUUAAGGUCCACACGCAGGGGCUUCUUCCGGUAUCGCCAGGCUGAGGAGGCAGUCGACGGCGCAGCCGGCAGGAUGGCGCGGCAGGGCAGUCGCGGGGGCGUCGAGAGCAAGAAAAUGAGCUCGGAGCUCUUCACGCUGACUUAUGGGGCGUUGGUCACUCAGCUCUGUAAAGACUACGAGAAUGACGAAGACGUCAACAAGCAGCUCGAUAAAAUGGGUUACAACAUAGGUGUUCGACUCAUAGAAGACUUCCUGGCCCGAUCCAAUGUGGGGAGAUGCCACGACUUCCGAGAAACUGCAGAUGUCAUCGCAAAGGUAGCCUUUAAAAUGUACUUGGGCAUCACCCCAAGCAUCACAAACUGGAGCCCGGCAGGUGAUGAGUUCUCCCUCAUCCUUGAAAACAAUCCUCUAGUGGACUUUGUGGAGCUGCCUGAUAACCACUCAUCUCUUAUUUAUUCUAACCUCUUGUGUGGAGUGCUGCGGGGAGCCCUGGAAAUGGUUCAGAUGGCUGUUGAUGUCAAAUUUGUCCAAGACACAUUGAAAGGAGAUGGAGUCACGGAAAUCAGAAUGAAAUUUAUCAGGCGGAUUGAAGACAAUCUCCCUGCAGGAGAGGAGUGAGUCCAAGGGCAGCCUCCCUGUUGAACUGGAGGGGAUGAGCCACCCACCUGGGAUUUGUAGGCACAUCAUGCCUUCUGUUACAUUCAGAUGCCCAGUUUGGUUCAUUAAGAUGUUCUACAUUAUUUCCUUAGGAAGCAACUGUUUGACUUGUUCUGUUUUAUUUCCACCAGAUUUGUAUCAAAGGCCUUCAUAGCCUACAAGAUAUUUUUUGUACUCCUUGGAGAAAAUGAGUACCCAUUUGUAGCUUCUAUGUGUUGGCUCCACACCAAUAGACAGGACUGUUAAAACCUUAUCAUUUUGAUCCUCAUAUACCAAUUAAAGAUACUAAUUUUGUUGCAGAAGAAGCUAAUCAGUACAUUCUCACCACCACCCUCUUUCUGCCCAUACGUGUGUGGGCAGAAUGCACAUACGUCUAUGGGAAGCAGGAAGCCAUUUCUAGAUUACAAGGAGAGCAGUCUAUAAUUUGAAAUAAGCUGGAGUUGCUAGUGGAACUCAUGCUGCUUCUUUAGUUGUGCUAUGUAGGGAAGAAAAAUUGUUUUAGUUUAUAUAUAUCCUUUGUUUCCAACACCAAAACAAAGUAAGAGGCCUGUAUUCGGGCAAAAGAGUGAAGUGGCAUUCUUGUGUGAAUGAUCUUUCUGUGGACAUUCUCCAGUGCUGAACAAAAUAGUGCUUGAGUGCUCUGUUGUUUUCAGCCCAUCUUCUCUAAUCUGCUAGAGACCCUCAAGGAGAUUUGGCAACAGCAUGCUUUCUUAGUUUGCAGUUUUGCUUUUCAAAUGAUGUUGGAAAUGUCUUUAAAAGCAUAAUCAUCUGAGCAGAUAAAUUCAGGAGGCAGAUUUUUAAAGCUCAGAGCAGGCAUGAUUUGUAUAACUAAUUGACUAAAUAGUUAAAACACGUUUUCUUCUUGAAUGACCAGCCAUUUAUUCUGAAUGGUUGUGUUUGGCUUUUCAGUGGAGAGCUUGUCUUGGGGGGUGGGGGUGGAGCAGCAGUUUGGAGGCCAGAGUUCUCUUUCAGAAUAUUAUGGAAAGAAGCUCUUGAUCUGAUUGAGUCACAUGAGGCUGUAUGCAAAUGCUUGCAUGCAGGGUUGGUACAGAGCACUUAAGAUUUGUUUUGGGCAGGGAAAAUCAACAUGAAUUUCACUAGUGAAUGACAUUAGAGAAUGAAAUUGUGUUUACCAAGGAGAUCAUUCUCUGUGCAUCAUGAGAGCCUACAAUUCUCUUCAGGCAAGAUCUUUGCCAUUUUUCUACUUAAUGCAGCAGUUAUGUUUGGCUAUAAGAGAACUUUUAAAUUAAAGUGGGAAUGCCUACCUUCCUUGGUGAAGCACAGUGUGCGCCAUGAUCCUGGUUCCUGUCUGGAGUCCCAAAAUAUGACCAGCAGAAACUGGCAUUUUUAGUCUGUAGCGCACAGUAUAAAAUUGUGAGAGUGGUUAAUCAGAGAUAUGGAGAAUGGAUUGCAGGAUUUACACAAAUACCCAUCAAGCCUCUUGUUAGACAUUGCAGGUCUUUAGCGGUGAUUUUACGGCAAGUGAGUCUCAGUGAAGGUGAUUCAGAUUAAUUUUUGCUUUGCGAAAGAACAAAGCAACUUAGACAGGAUGUGUGAGAAUGGGACAUGGACUGAUGUUUCAGUGGAGUAGUGAAGUGUUUUCAAAACAGCCUGAUAUCCCAUGUUGAUGAUAGUUCCUUGCUCAUUUCCCAUAGAUGUGUCCCAGUAGAAUCUGGCCAUAAGUGUUGGGAGGAGCAGAUUCUGCUCUUCUGACCUGGACUGGCUUUUGUCAUAUGAGUUACUAGAGAAGUGGUGAAAUAGGAUGGUUUUUUUUAGAUAAAUGUGAACUGUUGCCUCGCCCUGUAAUCCUGUAUCUGCUCAAUGAAAAGCCAACAUUUCUGGUUUCUAGAGGCAUUCCUACAAGUGAGAGGAAAGAUCCAACACUCAUUAAAAUAACAUCCUGUCCUGAUUCCUUUUGUGAUGUUUUGAAUCUUACUUGAGAACUGUUGCCGUGAGUGACACCUGGUGGGUGAAUGGGUAUUGGAUGUAUAUAAUUGAAACAUUUUUGUUAUGUGAGGGGUUAUUCAUGCAUUUUCCAUUUCCAUUUGUAAAGCUUUUGAAGGCAACAUUUUAAAAGAACUAUUGCAUUAAAAUAAAUUAUAACUAUCUUCUUAA